ACUAAUUUAAGCUGGCCACACUAAGCUCCAUCUUCAUUUUCUGCGAAUUUUUCGAAUUAAAUCAGACUAUUUCAAGAUGUUCAUUCCAAAAGCCAAUCGUGUCGCCAUCUACGAGUACCUCUUCAAGGAGGGUGUGCUCGUGGCCAAGAAGGACUCGCCCAUCCAGAAGCACUCCGAACUGGAUAAGAUUCCCAAUCUGCAAGUCAUCAAGGUGAUGCAGUCGCUGAACUCACGUGGCUGGGUCAAGGAGCAGUUUGCCUGGCGCCACUUCUACUGGUUGCUGACCAACGAGGGCAUCGAGGAACUGCGCCGCUAUCUGCACUUGCCCCCGGAGAUUGUGCCCUCCACUUUGACGCAAACUACUCGAUCGAACGCAGUGCGUCCGCGCGGAGGACCAGGAGGACCCGGAGGAGGAUUCGGAGGCGCCUCCAAAACCGAUGACGACAGAUCGAACUACAGACGCGGUCCAGGCGCAUAUGGAAUGGACAAGAAAGGCGAUGUGGGUGCCGGAACCGGACGGGUCGAAUAUCGUGGCGGUUUCGGUCGUGCUUCUCGCUACGACAAUUAAAAUAAUGGAAAAAUAUAGUUGUUGCAUAAAAACGAU